AUGAUUUUUGAUUCAUUUCCUGUUAUUUUACUCUUAUCAGUUACUUUUAUGUUAAUAGAAGCUAACAGUAAAUUAGAAAGUAAGAUAAAAAAGGAUAAUGAAAUUGAUAAAGGUUAUAUUUACUCAUUUUUCAAAAAUUAUAAUAUAACUGAUCUUCAAGAAUUUAAUUGUACUAUCAAACAUUAUCAUGGCAUUAACUUGACAAAAACAAAAUAUUUAAUAGUUAAUUGGGAUGAUAUGAUGCUUAUUGAAAACAAAACAUCACCACAAAUAUACAUUAAUAUUUUUUAUCCUGAAAAUACUACAACAAAUGUUAUAAAUGAAAAUAAAAAAAUCAGUAAAUGGAAAUUAGAAUGUGGAAUUGACAGUUGUACCUUUGGUCUUAAAUUUAUUUUAGAUAACAAGCAUUAUUCAGAUUUGAUGUACUACAAUAAAACUAUUGAACCAGAUUAUUCAUUAAUGAUAUUUUUUACAAUGAAGAAUGAUAGAUUUUCAUUAAAAACUAUAUCAUAUGGUGGCCAUAAUUAUCCACUAUAUUUUUGUCCUACAAAGUUUUGGUUUACAAAUGAAAGUAAUAUAAUUUUUCAACCACAUAAAAGUAUUGAAAAUAUUAAAAAUUUCUAUGGAAUAGAAUCUAAAAAAAUACUUGUCCCAAUAUUUCCACAAUCACUAAAUAGCAAAUUUUUUGUUUGUGGUGUAAUAAAACAACCAACAUUGACUGAUAUUCAAGUUGGGUAUAAUAUUAAGCAAAAUAAUGAAAAAAAUAUGGAAAUAUUAAAUUAUUGUGGAAUUUACAAUAAUAAUCAGAUAAAUUUUUCUUUUUUAUUUUUAGAUAUUAAUUAUAAUUAUGAUGGUACUAGAAAAGUAAUAAAAAUAAAAGCAGAUAAUGAUGCAAUUCUUUUUGGGGAGGUAUAUUAUAUCUAUAGUUACUAUAAUAAUAAUGGUAAAAUAAAUGGAUCACUUGUUAAUGAACCAUUGAAACCACGGUGUUUAGUGAAAAGAGAAAUUAUUAACACAAAAUCUAAAAUUAUUCCUAAUUUUUUGUUUUAUAACAAAUUAGAAUUAUUUAAAAAAGAUAAUAUUAAUUAUUAUCUUAUAGACCAAAAAGUUUACAACAGAAGAUUUAUUGUAAAAUGUUUAACAAAAUUUGAAAUGUAUUAUUCUUCAAAUUUGGACAAUUAUUAUUCAAUGGCUGUUGAAUUAGAAUUAAAGAAAGAAAUAAAUAAUAGUAAUGAAUUAAUUGAUACGAAUAGUAUAUUAUUUUUAAAAAAUAAUCUUGAUAGUUAUGGACAGUAUACUUGCAAUGUUUUAUCAGUAAGCAAAAGUUUUAUUAAUUCUGGCACUAUUAUAGAAAAUGUAUAUUUUAUACCUGAUGAUCAUUCAUAUUUUUAUUUACCUACAAUAAAUUCUAGUGAAUUAAUAUCAGAUAUACCAUCAUGUAAAAAAUCUUAUGGUAACUUUAGUUAUUUGACAAAUAUUCAUGUUAGUUUUUUAAAUACAUCAGAAAAAGAUAUUUUUACUGGUACUGAUAAUAACAACAAAGUGCAAAAAAGUUUUUUUAAUUCAAGUAGAAAAGAUUUUAAUGAAACUUCUCAUAUAAUCUGUACUUAUAAGACAAUUGUUGAUACGAUUUUUGAAACACAUCAAUUAUUUAAGAAUAAAAAUACAUUAGGGAAAUAUCCACUUAUAAUGGAAAAAGUUUAUGUUUAUGAUUUUGUAUAUUGUGUUUUGGUAUCUAUAUUUUUUAUAAUUAUCCUGCUUAUUAUAUUUUUAAUUUUUAUUUAUUUUGUUCGAAAAUUGCGUAAGAUAUGUUUUAAAUACAAAAAAGAAUACAAAUCAACAGAAUCGAAAAAAGAAAUACAAAUGAAUGAGAACUAUCAUGUAUAA